UCGAACAGCUGCAACCUUACAUAAGUUGUGUGGAGUGCGUUUAUUCAAAGAUUAAAAUAAAAAAAAACAGUAAAAAAUGGUGUACACUUGUUUGUUCCCCGGCUGCAGCCACAAAUCUCGGUUCCAGUUCCCGCGUGUGGGUAAAGAUCCGCAGAUUCGCCAGAAGUGGUUGGACUUCAUCGGAAUUGACUUCAUGGAACCUGCGUCGAGGAAGGGUUUGUGCGAGGCUCACUUUACUCCGGAUCAAUUCAUCAUUGAGAGUGCAGACACAGGAUUGAAAUUAAUCAGAGCUAGGCUGAAGACCAAUGCUGUACCCACGAUUGCAGUUGUUCAGGCGAAGAAGCCCCCGGAAGAACAGGAAUCCAUUCCUGUCAAUAUCGAAAAACGCAGUCGACCAAAGUCAUUGGAGGGAGAAGAUGUCACUGGGAAAAUGAAAAAGACAUGUGUUGAUACUCCACUCGAUGAACUUGAGAACACCUGUGCAAACUCAGAAAAAGCCCAAGAGCUACAACAUGAGUAUUUUAACAUAAGCAAUGAAGAUCAUACGUACUCUCAAACUGUAGAGAUGAUUGCAGACGACAAGUCUUACGAUGAACAAGAACUAUUGAACAAGAUUGACCAGAUUCCCAGAGAGAGGGUCCCCAGUCCCAAAAUUAUCUCCCCAGAAGGAGAAUCCCAAAGUCAAAAGACACAGACUGAAAUCAAUAAUCGAAACCAAAGUACCCAGACAGACCCCAAGAGACGGGACCAGUCAUCCCAAACCGGAAUGUCCCUUGGCUACAGCAUCCACGACCUUCGAAAUAACAACGAGGCGAUUUUGUACUUCACGGGUCUAGAGAACUAUACAAAAUUCCGAGUUGUCCUGGCAUCACUUGGCCCAGGUGUCUUCACCCUGAAAUACAAAUACUGGCACGUGCAGAAUGUGUCAGUUGAGGAUCAGCUGUUCAUCACUCUGUGGAAGCUCCGCCGCAACACCUCUGACUUCGAGUUGGGCUUUCAUUUCCAGGUAAGUAAGACUGCGGUCAGUAAUAUUCUUCACACGUGGAUCCCAUUCAUCGCUGAUCAGUGGAGGAAGCUGGAUAGUUGGCCAAGCAGAGAGCUUGUCGAUCAUUUCAUGCCAGAAUGCUUCAAGAAACGCGAUCCUCAAGAACCAGUUGAUGAGAUCCAAAACGAAAUUGAUGGAUCAUCGAAUGAUGAAGAGACUUCUGGUAACUUCAACUCAAUUUCGACUUCAGCUGAUGCGAGAAGGAAUGAUCUAGAGAUGAUUGGAGAUAGUCCGCCUGCUGGAGGUUCCACUGCUCAGGAUAUUCUGGCACAGCACGAAGUGCAUCUGAAGAUGCCACACCUUCUGGAAGAGAAGGAUCAGCUACGUAGGAGGGGCUCUCAGCACAAUAGCAGUGGAAAACGUGGUCGUUCUCACAUUGAACGACUCAUUAAUUGUAUGGAUAACUUUAAGAUUCUGAAGGCGCCUCUGAGUAGCAGCUACGUCGACUUGGCUGAUGACGUUGUUUCUAUUUGUAUGAUAUUGUGUUGCUUUCGGGAGUAUGUGAUGAAGGCGGCAGAUUAUUCGUAGUGUGGAUUAUACGCUUUAC